AUGCAACGAUACGAAUCCCUUCCACCACAAUUUUACCUUCAGGACCUAGCCGCCAUCACUGGCCGGGUCUGCGAGCUCAGAGUCAAUCCCCAUCAAGCCGAGGCCGACCGCGCGGCGCGUUCAUGGUUCAACCAAAUAAGUCUGUACAACGAUAGGAAGAAGUCCAAGUUUAUCAACUACGGCAAAUUCGAUCUCUUUGCUACACUAAGCUUUCCAGAUGCCGACUGCGCGCAUCUUGCAACUUGUAUUAUGUUCUUUUUCUGGGCCUUCUCGGUACACAAGCUGGUCCUGAUUCACACCGACGAUCUUUCUGAUGAAGGCGACCUGCAGUCAAAACCUGACGCAGUGCAAGCCGGACAUGACAUCUCCGUCAGUGUGUACACAAACCCAGACGGUUCCCGUCCACAAUAUCCAUAUGCUGCAAUGUUAUACGACUUGCUAUCGCGAUUCCGCGAGACAUCUACCAUUGGGGCCUAUGAUCGGCAAGCAUUUGAGGCGUGGAGUAGCUCCCAAGUAACACAAUCUCGCAACCGUUCUCAAGAUCGAAUGCCGUCGGUUGACGAAUUUAUUCUCAUGCGUCGUGCGACUAUCGGGGGUGCUCUUGUCGAAGCAAUGAUCGAAUAUUCUCUUGAUCUGGAUCUUCCGGACGUUGUGUUUGAAAAUCCCAUCAUUAAAGCGAUGUCCGACGCCACGACCGACCUCAUGACAUGGCCUAAUGACCUUUGCUCUUUCAACAAAGAACAAUCUGACGGUGAUUAUCAAAAUCUUGUGUUCUGCAUCAUGCAUGAACGCGACGUCGGCUUGCAGGAAGCCAUCAACAUCCUCACCGAUAUGUUGAACCAACGCGUGGAUGACUAUGUUGAGCUCAAGAGCCAGCUGCCGUCAUUCGGUGCCGACGUGGAUGCCGAACUGGAAAGAUACCUUCAUGCACUAGAAAACUUCGUGCAGGGGACCGUGUUGUGGUAUUACCUCAGCCCGAGAUACUUCCGCGGCGUUGAUGUCACAAAUCGCGAAAACCUGGUCGUGCCACUUUUUGAGAAAGGAGCAUUCUAA